AUGCAAUUCUUGCCUGUAAUUCCUUGUGGUCUGCGUCCAGCCACUCAACUUAAAGAAGAAAACACUAUUGCUACUACUCAACUUAACAAUCUUUACCGUCACGUCAUUUUAAUUAACGAUUUGGUAAAAAAUUAUUUGGAAUUAAACAAACAAAAUCGUAUUUUCCCUUUGGAAGUAGAAUAUAAUGUCAAGAGAAGACUACAAGAAGCGGUAGACAAGUUGUUGCUCGGUUCGCCUCAAAAAACAAAAGAAGUUAAAAGUCUGCUCCAAAGUUUAAGCGGCAAAGAAGGGAUAUUACGUCAUUAUUCCUUAGGAAAAAGAGUGGACUAUUCGGGUCGGUCGGUGAUUACGCCUAAUCCUCAUUUACAGUUGAACCAAGUUGAAAAAAGCCCCAUGAUUUUUCCUUUGCUAAAUGAAAUUGUCCGGAACCAUCCUCUUCUGGUUAACCGAGCCCCCACUUUACACCGCUUGGGUAUUCAAGGAUUUUAUCCUCACUUAACUUUGGGCCGCUCUUUGGAAUUACAUCCCUUAGUGACUACCGCCUUUAAUGCGGACUUUGAUGGUGACCAAAUGAAUUUACACGUUCCUUUAACGCCUGACGCUUGCCAGGAGACAAAAAAUUAUAUCUUAGCCAGUCAUAACCUUCUUGACCCCAAAAAUGGUUCUUUAAUUACCAUUCCUUCUAAGGAUAUGAUUUUGGGAAUUUAUUGUUACGAAAAGGGGGAGUUGGCCGCCCAAGAAUUAAUUGUGGUUCCGGCUUGUUUGGUCGCUCGCAAUUUGGCCGAGGAAAAAAAUAAAUUUUUAUUUACCACUUACGGAAAACUACUCUUUAAUAAGAUUUUGCCUCCCAAUUUUCCUUACUAUCUAAACGAUUUGACUAGUUACGGAGAAAAGGAUUUGAAAGAGAUUAUUACUUUCCUUAAUUACCUAGUUCAUCACACUAACCAAGAAGAAAUGGAUGAGUUAGAAACCCAAUUAACUACUAAUCUUGCCGCCAAAAAAGAUACUUCCUUUUACAAUAUUUGGGAUUCGGGAGCCCGAGCCAGUAGCGAAAAUUUAACCCAGAUAUUCGCUUUUCGGGGCAACACUACUGAUUAUCGUGGAGAAAUUGGAUUAAGUGCCGAUGAAUUUCUCAUUUCUUCCAUUGGAGCAAUUAAAGGGAUUACUGACGUGGCUCUGAAAACCGGGGAAGCUGUUUACGGUCGUUUUCUGGCUCAGAACAUUACCGACGAAGAAGGAAAAAUUAUUCUUCCUCUUCGUUCGGUAAUGUGUUGUGAACUAAUAAUUGGAGUUUGUCAGAAAUGUUACGGUGCUGAUUUAACUCGCCACGAGGAAAUGAUUUCCCUCGGAGCGGCGGUGGGAAUAAUCGCAGCUCAGUCGUUAGGAGAGCCCGGCACUCAAUUGACCAUGAGGACUUUCCACACCGGAGGGAUUGCGGGUGAAGAAGAUGAUAUCACUCAGGGGAUACCUAAAGUUAAACAAAUUCUAGAUAAUUUGAAGCCUAACAAAAAUGAAAAGGCCGUCUUAGCCAAAACCAACGGAACUAUUAGUGUUAUUGAUGAGAAAACCAUUAAACAAACUGACCUAACUGGCCAAGAAAUCACUUAUUCGCGAACCGGAAAAAAAUCAGUAUUAGUUCAAGUAGGAGAGCAAGUAGUUGCCGGAGCCAAACUCACUCUGGGGAAAAUCGAUUUAGAAGAAUAUUUGUCUUACGUAGGUCGGGAAAAUUACCAGAAUUACAUUAAAGAGACGGUGCAACAAGUUUACUAUAAUCAAGGAAUUGAUAUUGCCGAUAAGCACUUAGAAAUUUUUGCUCACCAAAUCUUAUCCCGAGUCAAAGUAUUAGAGAGUGGCGAUAGUGAUUACUUAGUAGGAGAGAUUAUUAAUUAUCAGAAAGUUCGUCAAAUCAACCAAGAGUUAAUUGCUCAGCAAAAAAAACCUCUGCUUUUUAAAAAUAUCGUUUCUAGCCUUAAAGAUUUGGCUUCUAACACUAACUCCUUUUGGGCCGGAAUUUCUUUUCAAAAUACUUUAAAAAGUUUGGUCAACUAUUCACUAUACCAACCUAUCGACUACUUACAUUCUCCCAAAGAGUGUUUAAUAACUGGACAACUAAUUCCAGUGGGAACUGGUUUUGAGGAACGACAAAAAUUGCAACAAUCUCAGAAAAGAUAA